AUGCAGGUGUUGUACAUUGAUGGCGCGCAACAGAGCCCUGUUGCGCGGUCGGGCGUAACAGGCCUUCAGCCUCCUCUUCUUUCUUCCUCUCCUUCUCAGAAUACCUUGCAAAGGAAUCAGUUACAAACGCUUAAAAAGAAAUAUAACUUGACAAAGCUUGCACUUAGCAAAAGUGGCUUCGGUUGGGAUGAAGAAAGGAAAUGUGUUACUGCUGAGCCAGACGUUUGGGAUGAAUUCAUCAAGGCAAAACCUAAAGUUGUUCAUAUCAGAAACAAGUCAUUCCCACAGCUAGCUCAGUUUGAUAUAAUAUGUGGGGACAAUUCUACUACCGAGAAUGCAGCACGAACUACGGCCAAUCUUGAGAAAGAAGUCCUCCAUUCAUCUCAUUACAUGGAUGACAUCCCAUUGUCCACAUACCCAUCUGGAUCAUAUACACCAUUUGCACCACCCGAUAAUAUAUAUUCCGACGAAACACAACAUCAAUAUCAAUAUGACGAAUGA